AUGGCCCCGUGCGUGGCGUGCCCCGCGGGCAAGUACACGACGCUGACGGGGGCGACGGAGUGCAGCCCCUGCGCCUCCGGGACGUACCAGCAGUUGACUGGGCAGACCUUCUGCGAAUCCCAGUGCCCUCUAGGGACGUAUACACCGGCUCAGAAUCGAUACACAUCCUGCUUCCCCUGCCCCAGGGGCAUGCACCAGCCGAACGUAGGGAGGACUUCCUGCACUGCCUGCGGGGCGGGGUCUUACCAGCCGACACAGGGAUCUUCUUUCUGCACCCCCUGCCCCUACGGCACCUUCUCCCCUCCCGGUUCGACCUUCUGCCUGGCCUGCAUCCCGGGCAAGCGCAAGCAGUUCGGCGACGCCGGCGGAUGCCCGGACUGCGGGCCCGGGACCUACUCGGACACCUUUGGGGCAGAACGCUGCCUGCAGUGCGAACCCGGCACGUACAACGACAGGGCGGGGCUCUCUACUUGCUACGAUUGCGCGCUGCUGCGCCGCUCCAGGUACAGCCUCUCCGGGGCCAGCGUGUGCACCUCGUGCAGCGUCGGGACGUACACUGGUGUGCAAGGCUUGGGCUCUUGUACCAGCUGCCCCGCGGGCAAGAUCGCCGCGAGCACGGGACUGACGGUCUGCACGGACUGCACUGCGGGAUUCUAUCAGGGGAGCGCCGGGCAGUCGUACUGCAACAUGUGCUCCGCCGGGUCGUACUCUUCGGCGGGCGCUGGCCCGACCACUUGCACGGCCUGCACCCCCGGUAAGUUCCAGCAGUACACGGGGCGGUCUUUUUGCGAUAACUGUGCGGUGGGCAAGAUCUCGAUCAUCUCGGGUGCCAGCACCUGCACCAACUGUGCGGUCGGGCAGAGGCAGCCGAGCGCGGGGCAGGUCAUCUGCGACCAGUGCGGGGUGGGGACGUACCAGGGGAGCGCGGGCCAGGCGAGCUGCCUGCCGUGCCCGCUAGGCAAGUACAACCAGCAGGUCGGCCAGUCGGUGUGCCUGGACUGC